CAUGGCCACUGGCCUCUUCAGCUACAUCCAACUUAGAAGAAUUCCACUGUUAGAGAAGAAGAAAGAGAUCAGUGAUCGAAGAAAUGGCACCUGCCACGCCAUUCCUUCCGACGGCCACCGACGAGAAGACGCUGCGUCCGAGCUUCAUUCGGGACGAGGACGAGAGACCGAAGGUGGCGUACAACCAAUUCAGCGACGAUAUCCCCGUGAUAUCGUUGGCAGGGAUCGACGAGGAGGAGGAAGGGGAAGGUGGUGAGAAGAGAAAGGAGAUUUGCCGCAAGAUUGUGGCAGCGUGCGAGGACUGGGGGAUAUUCCAGGUGGUGGAUCAUGGUGUUGAUGCAGAGUUGAUCUCCGAGAUGACGAGGCUUUCCAAGGAGUUCUUCGCACUGCCGCCGGAGGAAAAACUCCGGUUCGACAUGUCCGGCGGCAAGAAGGGUGGAUUCAUAGUUUCCAGCCAUCUCCAGGGGGAAGCAGUGCAAGACUGGAGAGAAAUUGUAACAUUCUUCUCAUACCCGAUUCGGGCUCGGGACUACUCAAGGUGGCCGGACAAGCCGGAAGGGUGGAAAUCCACCGUCGAGUGGUAUAGCGAGAAGCUGAUGAACCUGGCAUGCAAGCUUCUGGGAGUAUUGUCUGAGGCCAUGGGGCUUGACAAGGAGGCACUGACCCAGGCUUGUGUGGACAUGGAUCAGAAGGUGGUGGUUAACUUCUAUCCCAAAUGCCCCCAGCCGGACCUCACCCUUGGCCUAAAGAGGCACACAGACCCGGGCACCAUCACCCUCCUAUUCCAGGACCAAGUAGGUGGCCUCCAGGCUACAAGGGACGGAGGUAAGACAUGGAUCACCGUUCAGCCAGUGGCAGGUGCAUUAGUGGUGAACCUUGGGGACCAUGGCCAUUAUCUGAGUAAUGGCCGAUUCAAGAAUGCCGACCACCAGGCGGUGGUGAACUCGAACUAUGAACGGCUGUCGAUCGCGACGUUCCAAAACCCAGCCCCUGAGGCAAUUGUGUACCCACUGGCAAUCAGGGAGGGAGAGAAGCCAGUGUUAGAUGAGCCCAUCACGUUCGCUGAGAUGUACCGAGGGAAGAUGAGCAAGGACCUGGAGCUUGCCAAGCUCAAGAAGAUGGCCAAGAUGGAGCAGCAGGAGGUGCUGAAGAAGGCCGGAGAGGUCACUGCCCAGCCCAAAGCUCUUAAUGAAAUCCUAGCUUAAUAAAUUAGAUACAAACGUGUUGUCUUUUUCUCUCUCUAUAUACCUCUUUGUUUGGCAAAUCGAGUGAUGCUGUUUGUUUUUUGAGUGAUGCUGUUUGUAACCCUUUAUCAUUUGCAAUAAAAUAUCUAGAUGUCAAAUUUUAAUAUA